GGCGCUGCCGCUCCAUCUCGAAAAUAGAACGUUCGUCUCGAUAGAGUUACAAGAACCAAUGCGAUGUAAUUUUAGCUACGAUCCGCGCGCAUCGGCCGAGAGGCGCGCGCGCCGUCUUCGCUACAUCUCGUAAACAAAAUAAGGGUUCAAAAUGCCGCGCAUCUACGAGGAGACAGACCCAGGGUACGCGGCCGCUUGCAGCAAUGUGACGCUGUGCUCCAACUCGAAGGGAUUCUUCAAGGGUUUGGGCGAGGAGCUGGUGGCGAUGGCUGAAGGUGACGGCUGGCUGGACAAGUUCGAAGCUGUGGAUGAUGGUCAGAAGGUGGCAGCGGUACUGGACAAUAAGACGAUAAUGGAAGCUCUCAACGAGGUGCUAUCAAGAAUACAGCCGCUGCACCGCGGGAAGGACGGGCAGGUGUCGCGUGACCGAAGGUUAGCAGCCCAGAAGGCGAUGGACGAUGGAGACCUGGACAAAGCCUUGGCGCUGGCCAGCCAGGCUGUACUCCGAGCUCCUAUGACGGGUGGUGACGACGCCAUUAGCGAGGGGGGCAUCUCGCUAGCCCUGUCGCUGUGGCUUCGCUCGGAAAUCCUGCUGCGCUCGAACAGGCCGCGAGCAGCCUUGGAAGACCUGAAGAUGGCGCUCAAAGAACGGCUCCCGGCGAAGAUGAGGGCGCAGUACUAUUGGAGAAUGGGCCACUGUUAUAAAGGUGCUGGAGAAGCGACAAGAGCCAAGGUAUCCUACGAACUAGCUGGCAGACUCCUGGGUACUGAUGAAGAGGCGAAGACGCGGCUAGCGGAAGACAUUGAGUCACUGGACUACACGACACAGCCUAAACAGACUGAAGAGAAACCAGGCAUAACGCUGACAGGGGGAGCUAAGCAGAACAUGCCAUCUCUCUCCAAGCUGCUGAAAAUAGUUGAAGAUGAAACUAAGGGUCGCUUCGCCGUCGCCAACGCGCCGAUCAAGACUGGCGACGUGGUCCUGGUUGACCCCCCAUAUGCCGCAUGUCUGCUAGCUGACUACUAUGGCACGCAUUGCUUGCAUUGCUUCAAGAGGUUAGACGACUGUGAAAAUGAGGCUCCUGUUUGGUGUCCAAAGUGCUCAGGAGUCGCGUUCUGCAGUGCAGCGUGUAAGGAUGCAGCUGUAUCCAGUUAUCAUUCAUUCGAGUGCCAGUUCUUAGAUCUUUUUAUAGGGUCAGGCAUGUCAGUACUGAGCCAUAUAGCACUACGCAUGGUCACACAAGCAGGCCUCGACACCAGUUUAUCAAUACACUCCAAAUACGUAGCCAAUGGAAUCAAAACAGUUGAAGGUGCAGUUCUGAACGACAUUGAGGGAGUUGCAAAGAAAUCUAAAAUCAAAAGUAGAAAAGAAAGACUGAAUAGAUCAAAGAAAGGGAUUAAGAGUUUUACUGAAAAGAAUUUUAAGGAUGAAGAUGAAGACGUGAAGGCUGAUGAUAAAAUGACAAUAGAGGAGAAGUUGGAGUUGAGAGCGGCACAGAUAUACGCAUUGUGCACUCAUUCCGCAGAGAGGAAAGGAGAGGACUGCUUGAAGAGGAUAGUCAUGGCGUUAUUCCUCACUGAGUGUCUCAAGAAGGCAGGAUUUUUCAAGAAAUGUAAACAGGAUAAUUUAGAAAACGCACACCUGGCCAUCAUUGAGCUGAUCGUUCGCAACCUAUUCCUGCUGCAGUUCAACGCGCAUGAGAUGUACGAGACCGUCCGAGGGCCUCACACGUACAGUGGCUCCAAGCCUGUCUACAUCGCUGUGGGCAUCUUCCCAGUUGGCGCACUCUUCAAUCAUGACUGCUACCCUGGUGUCGCAAGGUACUUCGAAGGGCGUAAGAUAGUGCUGCGCGCGACCCGGCCCCUGGCCCCUGGCGAGACGGUGGCGGAGAACUACGGACCCCACUUCAUGAUGCGAGGCCUGAAGGAGAGGCAGCGGUCCCUGGCUUCACGCUACUGGUUCCGAUGUGACUGCACCGCGUGUAAGGAAGACUGGCCUACCCUGAAGAUGAUGAGUGGAGAUACCCCACCUUAUAUCAGAUGCCCAAACCUGGCGUGUUCCAGUAAGUUCCGAGCGGCUCUUCAGGCGUUACCCAACAGAUGUGCCAAAUGCUCGUCUCCUAUCGACAGGAACCUCGUCAAGAUCAACAUGGAAACCGUCAACCGAUGUGUAAAACAAUACCAGGAAGGAGCAAAGCUGAUGGAUGAAGAGCGCACAGAGGACGCCAUCACCGCCAUGUGCGAGGCCAUUGACACGUUCCACGAGGUCGCGAGGCCUCCUCACCGCGACACCCACCUCGCGCAGGAGGCCUUGCGCUCGUGCUUCGCUGCAGCCGGCAACGUGCACAGGGUACGAGGAGAUCAGCUACCACCACCUGAUGCUGACAAUAAGGAAAAGAUUGCCACGUAAAGUGUAGUUAAGCAGAACUGUUUUAUUUUAUAAAUAAAUCUAAA